GCUCCUAAAUCAUUCAUGGCGUAUUUCGAACUUGGAAGUCCAAUUUCCAGUUCACCUUUUCAUUUAAUUUUAGGGAAAUAAAAAAUAAACAGAAAGUCAAUAUACCAACAUCAAAUAUGUGUAUCGCUCCAUAAUUCCGAGCGUUACAGUAUUGCACUGUGUCUCAAUGUGUUAGCAUGUCGAGUCAGCACAGCUUAGGCCGAAUGUACGUGACAUCRUUGGUGCUUUUACAACGCCCUCUGGUGGACAGCCAAGGAAGUCUCUCGUCUUGAUGAAAUCAUAACCAAACUUUUUUUUAUUUUUUUUAGUCAAUCAUUCUKAAGAAGAAGAAUGAUGUACACAUGGAGAAGUUACGGGAAGUGAACAGUGAACUGCAGAAGAAGAGUGCGUACAUCGAUGACUUGGAGCCCAAAUACACAUCUAGCUACCAGAAAGUGGAGGAGCUAGAGGAAGCACUGAAGAAGAAGGAUGAAGACAUGAAGCAGAUGGAGGACAGAUAUAAGAAGUACCUGGAGAAGGCGAAGAGUGUUAUCCGGACCCUGGACCCUAAACAGAACCAGGGCUCAGCACCAGAGGUCCAGGCCUUGAAGAACCAGCUGCAGGAGAAGGAGAGGAUGCUGCACUCUCUGGAGAAAGACUACGACAAGACCAAGGCYCAGAGAGACCAGGAGGAGAAACUCAUAGUGUCUGCCUGGUACAGCAUGGGCAUGGCUCUCCAGAAGAAGGCAGCAGAGGACCGUCUGGCCAGUACCGGUUCAGGACAGUCCUUCCUGGCCCGCCAGAGACAGGCUACCAGCACACGCCGCUCCUACCCCGGACACGUACAGCCUACCACCGCCAGGUAGACACGGCACCAUGACCCCUACUUGACCCUUCACCCUGACUCCUGACCCUCCAGGUCGACACAGCACCAUGACCCCUACGUGACCCUUCACCCUGACUCCUGACCCUCCAGGCCAGGUCGACACGGCACCAUGACCCCUACGUGACCCUUCACCCUGAGUCCUGACCCUCCAGACCAGGUAGACACGGCAACAACUGACCCCAGCCCCGGAACCCUUCAGUUAUCCACCAGACAGACAGAUGCUACUCUGUAACGGGCGUCUGCUUUGCCAAGCAAUCCAGACAGUUCAGGAUGGAUUAAACCUCUCCUGUACCGUUCCGCUGUUCUGUCCUCUUCAGUCCUUCAGCUCAGGAUGGAUGAGUUGGUCUACCUGGCUCUUUAACUGACAGUAUUAUUAUUAUGCACAUUUCUCUAAAACAUGUUACCGUUCUGUCAGGAAUCCUCUAUCUAAAAACUGUUUUCACAUUUCUCUAAAACAUGUUACUGUUCUGUCAGGAAUCCUCUAUCUAAUAACUGUUUUCACAUUUCUUUUGUAACACAAUGUUGUGAGCAGAGAUGCACUUUUCACAAAUUGGUAGUGGAUUGAUGUUUUGUUAAAUCGUUCUAAAAUCGGAGGAUAUUUUCGUAUCUUGAUGUUUACAGAACGUGAUGUAAUGACAUGCAGCCAGUGACUGUCGGGACAUGUUUAGUAACAGAGGAGGGACAUGGUAUGUCUCUGAGUUGGUCUCUUUAGUUGUCCCGGUACCUUUUUAUAUGUGUUCAGUAACUCUGAGUGUGCGUUCCGUUUGUCUGUGUUCGAUAGUCUUGUUAUUGCCUGUAGUGGGAGAUUUUGAAAGGUUAGUUCUAUAGGGACUCCUCUAGCCUGUUGGCAGUGUAUUUAGCUGUAGAAUAUAUUCCACAAGUGUCCCGGGUGUUUUAGACAAGGCCUUUCUUCAUCAUCAUCAUCAUCAUCAGAAAUGUUAACAGUAGAAAGUUUCCUAUUUCUAAUUGACUGUUUUCUAAAUCAACCAUUUUUAAUUGGCUGAAUUAUUUAAUGAUCCUGAAAUAAGGCGAGCACCGUCUUCCCCUCUGUAGUCCGCUCAGCCAGCGGUCACUAUUGAUUAUUGAACCAGCGAUUUAUUGAUCAAGCGUCUCUCCCCCGUGUCCUCCUGCGUUGAUCAAUCAUCUCUCUCCCCGUGUCCUCCUGCRUUGAUCAAGCAUCUCUCUCCCCGUGUCCUCCUGCGUUGAUCAAGCAUCUCUCUCCCCGUGUCCUCCUGCGUUGAUCAAGCAUCUCUCUCCCCGUGUCCUCCUGCGUUGAUCAAGCAUCUCUCUCCCCGUGUCCUCCUGCGUUGUUUGAGGGGAAUUCCAAAUGGCUCUUUCCUCUUUUGUCCUAUGACCAUGUGAGAACAGUUCUGCUGUGUGAACGAAACUGUCCUUCGUUCAUAUUUCAGUGUGUAGUGUACCAGUUGCUUUCUAAACGCUAGUGUCCAUAUUUUAAGCAGUGGACUUAAGUCAGUGGUCAUAUCUGACGAUAUCUAACAGAUGGAAAUUGUAAUUUUGAACGUAUCGAAAGGGUCUGAAAUACAAAACACAUGAACUCGUAAAAGAACCACUGCUGCCUCGAGGAGGUGGAUUAUAACACAUGAAAUUGAUCUUCGAGUUUAGCGUGGGGGCGUAAUUUCCCGUUCUCACUCACUGUGCUACGCCUUUACGUCUCUGACGCAACGUGGGGCGUCGUGUCGUACUUGAAAAGGAGUUUAACUGUCUAACAUGGUGUCUGUCCGAUGAAACGAGCAGUAGGUUACCAACGGGUUGGACCGUGUACUGUUUACUUGACUACUGUUGUGAUUUAGUAGAACGUAGACGGACUUCAUACUAGGAACGUUAGAAUCUCCUGAUUUUGAUUUCAUUUUCAUACAAUCUGAAUAUCUGUUUAUCAGCCACUGAUGUCAUUGUAAAAAAGGGUUUUUGGGAGGGUGUCAUGUUUUAAAGUGAUAUACGAGACGUUUUAACGUGAUGUAUGACGUUUUAACGUGAUGUAUGACGUUUUAACGUGAUGUAUGACGUUUUAACGUGACAUAAAAGAGAUUGUUGUUGACGUGUUCUGACAACUCUGCACCCUCAUGGUUUUGUCUUGACCUUUAACCUUUUGGAUGUGGAAAUGUUUUCUUAACAUUUUAAAACUGCCAUUUUAAAAACAAGAUUUGUAAUUUUUUUUAAAUUCACUGUUAAAGAAAAUUCAUAUUAAAAAGGGGCAGAAUGUG